GGUUAACUUUGACCAAAGACUAUUAAGCUUUAAAUGUUAAGAAAGCUAAGUUUUAGGUAAAGAGAGUUGAUUAGUUGAGAAGUAACAUCAUUCAUAUUUAUACUCCGUAUUUAGGAAGAUAGAAAAAACAGUGAUAUUUGUGAGCAGCAACAAUAUGCAGAGGAAUAAUAAGACUUCAGAGAUGAGCUUCUUGGUCGAAGACAUUGAAGCUGUCUUGGAAAUGAACAGGUUCCUAGAGAAGGAGAAUCAAGAGCUGAAACAAGAAGUGGGGCGUCUGAAAUCAGUUAUAGCUUCCUUGAAAGCUCAUGAUAUUGAGAGGAAAUCUAUUUUGUGGAAGAAAAUACAGUACCCUGUCUCUGUCCCUACCAGUAUUGGAAAUAAAGAGGACACACUUGAACAGUUAGAGUUGCAGACACCUGCAUCACAAAGUACAAAGCAAUCACCGCCACCACCACCACCACCCUGUAAGCAUAAAAGUUCAAUGAAUAAUGGUCCUCCACCACCACCUCCUCCAAUGCCGUCUUGUAAAUCAGCAAUUGGGUCUAAAUUAGCAGUUCGGCGUGUUCCUCAGGUAAUUGAGUUUUAUCGUUACCUGAACAAGAGUAACGCCAGGUUAGAGAACAGAAUAAAUGUAACAGGAGUUUCAAAGGAUGGUAAUCCAGGGAAUAUGAUUGGAGAAAUUGAGAACAAAUCAAUGUACCUAUCUGCUGUAAAAUCUGACGUUGAGAUGCAAGGAGAGUUGAUAAAAUAUCUAAUAAGAGAGGUGGAAACAGCAGUGUUGAAAGAUAUAUCAGCAGUGGAAGCAUUUGUAAAACGGCUAGAUAGUGAUCUGUCAAGUCUUGUAGAUGAGAGAGCUGUACUGAAGCAUUUUCCGCAGUGGCCUGAAAGAAAGGCUGAUGCUCUAAGGGAAGCCGCUUGUUGUUUCAGAGAUCUUAAGAAUUUAGAAUCCCAGAUGCUCACCUUCAAAGACAAUCCCAAACAACCAUUGCCUCAAACAUUAACACGAAUACAAACCUUGCAAGACAGAUUGGAGAGGGUAAUAGAAAACAUCGACAAGACAAGAGAAGGUACGUGCAGAAGAUACAAAGAUAUGCAGAUUCCUUGGGAUUGGAUGUUGGACACGGGCCUCGUUGGUCAGAUUAAGCUUAACUCAUUGAGCCUAGCUAGAGAAUACAUGAACCGAAUCAUUAAAGAACUUCAGACUUGUACAUUACCUAGUUCAGAGGACAUCAUACAUCAGGCUGCUCGUUUCGCAUACCGAAUUCAUCAGUUUACGGGCGGAUUCGACUCAGAUACAGAGCAUGUAUUUCAACAACUCAAACGAAUACAUGCUACAAAAUCUCCACAACUUCACAACGUUUGAGAUAUAUGCAAUCAUCAAUUAUUGCAAAGCAAUAAAUUAAAUGAUAAUCUGUAAUACCAUUAAAGUACUUUUUAGUUCAUAAUUUGAGUAUAUAUUAAGACAAUAUAUAUUUAUGGUUGUUUUUAAUUUUGAACAAAUAAUUUAUAGAUAUUUAGUAAAUACAACUAAACCGA